CGCGAGCAGCACACGCGUUUCCUCACACACGCAUCUCGUAUUCAUAAUAUUUUAACCAAGUGAUAUUUAGAUCGUCCGAUCGAUUGUUCUUUAUUAUUAUUUUUUUUGUUUUCAACGAACGACCGAUUUUUUUGCUCUCUUCUGACAGUCCCUGUGUUGUGAAAGAGAGACAUCAACGUGUUAGAGUCACACACAGCGAGGGAGACGAGACACAGAAUUAUCUAGCAAUUUCUAGACAUUCAUCUUCUGCUCUGCUCCGAAUUUACACACGGUGUUUUGAGCACCUAUCAAUUAUCAUCUUUAACGAGAGACAGUUUUUAUUUUCAAAUUAAUAUAAAUAAUGGCCAAGUGGGGUGAAGGAGAUCCACGAUGGAUUGUCGAAGAGAGGCCCGAUGCUAUAAACGUUAACAACUGGCAUUGGACUGAAAAGAAUGCCUGUGCUUGGUCACAAAACAAAAUCAGAGAACUUUUUACAAAUUUAGUUAUUAAAGGAGAUGAGUAUGAAUGCAAAAUAUCAGAACCUGAAAAAGUUGAGGGUGAAGCAGUGGCAAAUAAUAGAAAAGGAAAACUAAUUUUCUUUUACGAAUGGAAUAUUGUACUGAAAUGGAGCUGUCCCCGCAAAAAUUCUGAUAAAAAGAAGAUUGAGGGCAAAAUCAAUAUUCCUAACCUCUCGGAAGAAAAUGAAAUAUCUGAAGUAGAUAUUGAAAUAACAUUAUCAGACAGCACCGACGAAGGUGAAAAAGUGAAACACUUCUUACAUACACAAGGAAAAAAUGUUAUUAGAGAAAAAUUACAAAAUUAUGUAUCGAGUUUAAAACAAGAGUUCACGAAAGGUAUGAUUCUUCCAAAGAAAGAUCAAUGUCCCAAUGAAAAAAUGAAUCAAUUGACAUCUGGCUUUAAUGUAAAGAUGCAAAUGAAUGCUGCUGUUACUAAUACUACAAAUAAAUCUACUGGAGUUAAAAUAUCAACAACUGCAGUUAAGCAACAGCAAAAGUUCAUGUGCAGAGCUGAAGAAUUUUACAAUGUCAUGACUUCCCCUGAAAUGGCUACAGCAUUCACGAAAAGUGCUGUGAAACUUGAUGCUGUCAAGGGUGGCAAAUUUGAAUUUUUCGGUGGAAAUAUUUCUGGAGAGUUUGUUGAACUUUCACCAACUAAAAUAGUACAAAAAUGGAGAUGUAAAGCUUGGCCUGAUGGACAUUACAGCAAUGUAACUUUUGACAUAGCUGAAAAGAGCGAUCAUACUGAAGUCAACGUAACGCAAACUGGUGUCCCGUCCAGCGAAGAGUCAUCGACGAAAGAGAACUGGAAUCGGUAUUAUUGGGAUUCUAUCAAAAGAACUUUUGGUUUUGGAUACUUUAUGUGAUUCUUUUACAAUUAUUUUGUAUUGUACGAAAAACAAUGUGGUUUAUCGAGCCACUUAACUGCCCUUUUCAAGCCGGGCUUUUGUUAUAUAGGUAUUAUAAAUAUUUAUUGAUAAGUAACUGAAUUUCAUAGAAAUGCAGUGUAAAUCUGCAACAACGGCUUGAAAAUUGUAAAUGCAAUGACUUAUGACUUUAUAAGACGUGUGUUUCGAAUAAAAAUAUUUCUUAGGUUGAAUUUCCAACAGUCGAGUAAAGACAUCCUUCAAAUCGAAUUGUUUUAUUUUAUUUAAACUGUUUGUCAGUUAUUUCAUUCGACUUGCAGGUAGUUCUGAUUUUGCAAAUGUGUAUAAUUUUUUUUAUAUUAAAAUAAAAUUAUCAUCUGCCCACUGAAAA